AUGGAGCCAGGAGAACCGGUCCCUAUGGACCAUGACACCGAUAAUCCGGCGACCAAGAAAGUAAGAAACAGAGACGAAUUGUCAGAAAUGCCAACAGCCCCAAUUGGAGAACCCCCUGCUGGCAACGAAAAUGGGCCCUCAAGCGGCUCUGCUCCUUCAUUCAAGGACUCCCUCCUUCAAGGACACCACCAAGGCAAUAACGGCUUUCACCAUAACACGGUCAAAACAGGACAAGGAGAUGUGACUUAUACCAUUAAAGAUGGAAUGCCUGCAAUUAGCUUUGCAGACCGUAUCAAGAAGAAAAUUGAAUAUGCAAUGACAUAUUCUCUCGUGGUUCGACCAUUGGGAAGGAAUUUCAGUUUCUUAGCUAUCGAAAAAAGAAUUUCGACUCUGGGGAAACCAAAGGGCAGAAUCAACCUUGUCGAUUCAAUUGACGGUUACCACAUUAUCAGACUCACACACGAAGAGAAUUAUUACAAUGCUCUCCCAAGCGUUCUUCCUUGGACCAUCAAUUUCGACUCAAAAUCGGAGAACAUAUCGGCAGUCGCAGCAUGGAUCCGAAUCCUAGCCCAGAAGCACCAACGAGGGGGAAUCGAGGCCCAAACAGCAAAGCCACCAAGAGGAAGUCCGAGAUUGCAGCCCAAGAAAAACUUGGACAAAGAAACCGACCCAACAAGAAUCAAGCACUCAAUCAACAAAUCCUUGUCAACCACAAAAACCCACAUCCCCCACUGUUCUGCCAAAACCAACAGCACCUUCAGCACACACCCAAAACCCAUCCACACCACCAGAAACAUCGUCUUUCCCAAAGCAAAAUACCGACUUGCCGACGGCAAAUCAAAACGUCGACGGAAUGAACGCCACAGGCAAGGAAGGGCUGGCUGCUUCGGUGGUUCGGUGGAGGUGAUCAAGGAUGAUGAUGGAGCUGGCGAUGGUGAAGAGGAGAAAGCUGCCGCCGAUGGAGGUGAAGGUUCGGUCAAGUUCUCGGCUUCAAAGGGGGUUGUUUUCGGUGGUGCGUGCGGCGGAGGACGGUGGUGCAUGGGGGAAAGAUUGAAAAUUCAACUGAGAAAAAGUGAUAAACCUCCUGACCACAUUGAAGCAUCCGAGGAAAUCACUGAGGUGUCAGCAGACGAUAUGGUAAAGGACCAACAGAGAGUGGCCGUCGACGACCACUGGUCCAAUGCCGACCUGGAACAACUGCCGGACGCCGGCAAUCCAGAAACAAUUUCAAUGCUCAAGCAGAAAAUUAGACAACACAAACCACAAAUUGUAGCUGUGUUUGAACCCCGUAUAAAUGGCCCUAAAGCUACUGGCAUACUUAAAGAACUUGGAAUGGAAAAUUCUCAUAGAACUGAAUCGGUUGGUUUUGCCGGUGGAAUAUGUAUAUGGAAACCUCCAAAGGCUUACCAGCCAAAUACUGUGGAACACAUUGGAUCUUGUUGCAGGUAUGUGACAUCUCCAUGGAUAGCUUUCGGAGACUUUAAUGCUUUUACAGAUGUAGCAGACAAAGUGGGGGAGGAAAAUACAGUAUGGAAGAGCAUUCUGAAAGCAAAAUAUGAAUUGCCUCUAGAUGCACUACCAUCUGAUAUUUCAAGGACAAAGGCUUCUAUUUUUUGGAAACAAAUCUCUAAAUUGUGGCCUGAAGCUCUAAAGGCCAUCAGAUGGGUGGUGAAUGAUGGUACUAUAAUCAAUUUCUGGAUUGACAACUGGCUCAAUGCUGAUGGACCACUGUCCCUUCAUGCUAAGCAAAUCAUCCCUCCUUCAGACUCAAGUGCAAAAGUUGCAGACUUUAUUGAUGAUCGCGGAGAUUGGGACUGGAACAAGCUAAACAUGUUGCUACCUCCAAAUAUCCUAGAAAAAACCAGAGCUGAACGACACACAUGGGCACUUUGGUUUGGUGUAGUCUGCUGGAAACUUUGGAAUGCUAGGAACAAGGAAAUAUUUGGCGAGGAAACAGUGUCUCAAGCUUCACUUCGUUUUGCCUCUCAAGCUUUCGUCAAAGAAGUGAUUGGCUCUAACCAGAUUUUUGCACAUGAUUUGGAGAGCCAUCUGGCUACCGCGCAACCCUCAUGGAAUCCGCCCUCUCCUAAUUGGGUCAAAAUUAAUUCUGACGGUGCCACUGCUUUGCCCUCUUACAAAUUGGCAGCCGGAGGAGUCAUCAGAAACAAUGAAGGAGACUAG